GGGUAUAACACUGCAGUUUGCAAUCUGAACUGCGGUCUUUCUCCAAACGGGGGUUUGAUGUAAUGGGCCACACACGAUGGGAACCAUGCGCAGCGCUGAGCGCAGUCCCUGCAAAGCAUGCCGUCAUUUUUAUUUGCUUACUUUCCUUAUUUCGAGGUCGAUUUUCUUCGUUCGAAAUUGAAAAUGGACUAACAUUGGAUUACUGAAUACAAUAUGCCUUUGAAAACGUGAUUAAAUAUCGAAUACAAUAAUUUCAUUCCGAAGGUCCUACUACAGGCAGAGAAGUCUUACGUAAUAGCACAGCUGUUGUUUAUCUUUUCGUCCUUUGCUCAACGCUCAUAUACUGGCCUGUGGAGGUGAAAUUGAGACAGCAGGGAUUACCCCUAGAUUACCUGGCCAAGCACGGUUGAUAAGGGCUUGGAAAUGAUUUUUGGGAGAUCCAAAUGGAAAAUGGGGUAUAACACUGCAGUUUGCAAUCUGAACUGCGGUCUUUCUCCAAACGGGGGUUUGAUGUAAUGAGUUAAGAAAAUAUGCUGUGUAGACAUAAGUAAAAAGAGCUCUGAACAAGUGCAGCUGAAUAUAUCCAUAUAAAAGCUGCGCUAUACAAAUUAAUGUUUAUUAUAAUUAUUAAUGCGAUCAAAUGUUCUUUUUUUUAAAUUCAGCAUCACAUUAAUUUUCUUAUGUGUUUUAUUGUUUUCUAAAUUUUUAUAUAUUUCUUUGUGUUUUGACUUUGUGUUUUUUUAUUGUUUUUCCAAUGGAAAUUGUUGGGGACUUUAUUUUGAUCAUAAACAAGAUUAAAUUAAUUGAUUUUAAUCAGUAAAAGGAAAAAUAAUUAUACAUUUAUGAAUUUUGGCUAAAUACAGGAUUUGCAUUGGAUUUGUACACGACUUCAUGUUUUUGAGCAAUUUUGGGGUCUACAUGUACAUGUACUUAUGAAAUGUUGGGUAAUUUCUGAACCGCGUAACCGGGGGGUCGCAAUUUGGUCUAAAAAGUUGUGCGAAACCUGAAAGUAUAUAGUCAGCAAGCAACGUGGUCAAGAAAUUUUGCGCGGUGUAUUUAUCACCAAAAAUGUCGAGGGGGGGGGGGGGGUUGCCCACCUCCCCCUUGUCUUAUUAGGGUUAAAUCUUUGUGUAACACCCCCUGGUUACUUUUUUUUUGUAAGACAACAUGCAUGAAAAUAAGUAUAAAAUAAUUUUUCUCCAUAAAAAGGGCAAUAGGAGCUAGGGCAUCAAAACCCCAAGCCAGGUAGAGUAAGCAAUGGUGAUUAGUGCCACAACCACUUCCAUCAGAGCUGCCCUGCUGCCCAAGAAAUGGUGAUUGGUGCCAUAACACCACCACCAGAGCCGCCCUGGACUGGGGACUUGUUUCAUUAUUAUUUUUAUUUAUCCUUUUUUUAAAAUUCUUUAAAUUCCUACUGUCAAUGUUUGAUUUGAUAUGGAUCAUUAUUAGCUUCAUAUAUUGAUUCAUAUGAUUGUGAAAUGUGAUUGAGUCUUAACAAUAUAUGUAAAAUGUAGUGAGUUAUAUGAUGAUGAGAUUUUUUUCAUUCAUUUAUCUAAAUUAAAAAGGGAAGUCUUUUAUAUAUACAUGUGUAGUACUUUUGAAUUUAAUGUUGUUUAAAUGUUUGAUAUUUCUUUCUAGUAUCAUAAAAAGUUGGAAGUUCUUGAGAAGGAGCUGCAGGCAACUGAGGCAUCUGAGAACAAGAACAAGAAGCUAAAAUUGCAUACAGAGAUUGUACAGAUAGUCUUUGCUACCUAUUUCCGUAUUCUGAAGAGAGCUAGCCAUUCUGUCAUGCUUCCUGCUGUUUUGGAGGGCCUUGCUAAGUUUGCACAUCUCAUCAAUGUAGAAUUCUUUGAUGACCUCAUUCAAGUUCUGCAUGCUCUAGUUCACAAAGGGGAUCUGAAGUACAGAGAGUCUCUUCAUUGCACACUGACAGCAUUCCAUAUACUGUCAGGACAAGGGGAUGUUCUUAAUAUUGAUCCAAGUCGUUUUUAUUCUCAUCUCUACAUGAUAUUACCACAAGUUCAUGCUGGUAUAAGCAGUGAUGAUGCUAAACUGGUAUGUGACUGCCUUGAAGUGAUGAUUAGUAGAAGACGAAAGCAGAUCUCAGUUCAUAGAGUCAUGGGUUUCUUGAAGAGAUUGACCACCUUGUCAACCUUAGCGCUUCCUAAUGCAGCAUUGGCUUAUUUGAAUGCUCUCAGGACAUUUAUGAAGUGGUACACAAAAACAGAUGUCUUGCUUGACAAUGAGAGUACUGGAAGUGGGACAUUCAUGCCAGAAAUAGAAGACCCUGAACAUUGUCAUGCCCACAACACGGCAUUAUGGGAGCUUACACUUAUCGAGGUAUGUCUCUUUGAAAUUAAUAAUCUAUUGAUUUCAUUGUUGAAUUUCAAUGAAUAUUAUCAUAUUCAAUCAAAGAAUUGUUUUUAUUUCCUGACAAAAAAUCUAUAGAUCUGUGGGGGAUUCACUCGUUUAGAUAAUAAAAAUAUUAUAACAAAAUAAAGAGACUAUAAGAUAGGUCUAGGUUGCAUACCUCUAUCCUUAUUGAGAUGAAACAAUUGUAAAAAAAAAACCUUUUCAAGUGGUCUUAGGCCUCCUCAUCAAAAUAUCCUAGCAUCACCCUAACCCUUUUUCAAGAAGAGUCACUGCAUUAUCAACAAAAGAGGUAGUUGAAAUUCAUUUGUAAUGGUGUAUUUAUGGCACCUACUAACUAUGAAUAUCUUGUCAAGACUUGAGGAUCUCAUUGAGGUUUGUUAUUUUGGGCCAUCCAAACAAGCCUGAUGAGCUUUCAUUUGGUCCACCACUAUUUUAAAAUGUACUUGUAUAUUGCUUUGUAUAUAUUUUAGUUUUGUGGAAAUAAAUGAAAUGAAAUGAAAUGAAACACCACAGAUAUAGUUCCUUCUCAGUAUCAGUGUUUUAGUAUUAUUACCCUGUAUUCUGAUGUCGGGUUUAACUUAGACCAUAGUCUAACUCUGUGCUAAAAUUAUGGGAAGCCAAAAAUGUUAACUUCUAAUUACAUUGUAUGUUUUUUAUGUUUUUUACUGGGCUCUUUGCUGAUUCCUAUGUGCUGAAGGUAGUUAUCUUAUUUAUACUUCCUAGACAAGUGAGAAUGAUUUGAGAGUCAAAUGAGCUGAAAUAUUAUAUCGCUACUGUCUAUCCAUACUUAAAGGAAAAUGAAACCUUUGGAACAAGAUAGCUUGUGUG